AUGUCCAUGACGCCAUCUGGAUGGUGUAAUAAUUGUGAGAUUCAUAGUAUCACGCUUAAAAGGUAUGAAAAACUAGUACAACAAAAAAUACAACAGCUUGCUGAUAUUGAAGAUGAAGAUAUAUUAGUCCAAGAAAAGAUUCGGCUUACACAACAAGAUAUUCGGAAGAUUCGAGCGUAUGAAACUAAAGACAGAUGCCAAGAAUUUAUAAAAAACGUUUCUCAAACUGAUAACACUAUUUUUGUGAGCAAUAAUAAUGAUAUUGAUAGUCCAUUGCGGGGUGCAUCAAACGCACUUCAAGUUCCACCCCCUACAAAAAGUUACAGGCCAUUGGUACCAGCAGCACAUAUUUCCAAUAUACCACCUUCAUUUUCACAAGAAUUAUUAAGAACCACACUUGAAAAAGAAUUUGGAAAAGUGUUGGGAUUGACGGUUUGGGAAUACCACAGAUCAGCGAUGGUUAAUUUUGCCGAGAUGCAAUCCUAUCGUAAAGCAAUUGAAAGACGCGUAUUCAAAGUAGGCCCGGCAGUACUUACAAUUUCCAAGUGA